UCAGUCCGUUCACCCGUUUGUGCCUCUUGUCAGUGCAGUCAAGAGCUGUUCUCCAAAUGGAUGUGUUUGCAGUUCCAGGCGACCGGCAUAAAGGAUGGUACCUUUCUUUAAUGGCUCCAAACACAAAAGGUCCAGAGUUCGCCUGGCUGGACCCGUCCAGACUUUACUGCAACUCCCAGGCUCUUGCAGACUGUACCAAAGACCUUCUCAGUCCUUUCCAAAGUGACAACAUUGACUUGGUUGCUGGCAUAGAUGCAAUGGGAUUCAUUCUUGGCGCUUCUGUUGCCACCACUCUUGGAAAAGGUUUCCUGGCUCUUCGCAAAGCAGGUCACCUGUGUGUCGCCACCCAAGGCCAAAACUACACCGACUACACAGGCAGGGAAAAGACUGUGGAAGUAAGACUGGAUGUGCUAAGACCAGGUACGAGGGUGUUGUUAGUGGACCAGUGGAUAGAGACUGGAGGCACAAUGAAGGCUGCCAUUCAGCUGGUAGAGAAACUGGGAGCCACAGUUGUAGGCGUAGCAGCUGUGGCCAUCGAGAACACCGAAGGAGGAAGGUGGAUUAAGGAAAACUACAAAUUCUCUCACUGCAUACCCGAAGAGCUGCAGAGCCAAAUUGAUGGAAAAUACCUCGACGGCUUCAAAAGCUUCAACAACUGAACAAGUUAACGUGAUUCCUUAAAGGUUUAGCAAAGAAGGCAAAGCACAGAAAUUUUAUAAUACACGUAUAGAUAUAUUUAAGAAAUACAGUGAACUCAUAGAAUAGCUGGCUUUUUUUUUAGAUUUAGUUCUAUUUUAAAUAACUGAAACAAUUUCUAUUCUAUUUUUUAAUGUCCUAACAACAUGUAAAGCUCACCACGGGAAAAUGAAAAAUAUGAAAACCACAUCAGUUUUGAUACUGACCAUUAAAGUCUAAUAAAUUUGAUUGUAAACAGAAAAAA